AUUAAUGGUUCACAUAGCGAUUUCUACAGCGACCACGUAGCCACGGAUAUCCGGAAAAGAUGCGGCGACCCAAUCUCAAGUGGAUAGUGAAGGCCUCGCUGCUGCUGCUGAUCUCCCUCACACUCUUCAUAGUGAUCACCAGCUGGAUCUCCUCCAGUCCGUACACCAAUAAGCCCGUUCAUCAUGGUGGCGUGGAGCCAAUGCCCGAAAAUGCUGGUCUCUCCGGCGAUGUGCAGCCCAGGUUGCCAGCUAUAAGGCAGCCAGAGGUUAAAAAGGAACAGGAACCGGAUUUUGAAGAGGAUCCCGAGCUGCAAAAGGUGGAUGAACCGGAACCAGGCGAUGCGGAGGUCCAUAAUCCGCGACCAGCGGACGAUGAACCCGCGCAGCAGCCACAGGAGGAGCUACAGAUGGCUCCGCCGGCGGAUGCUUCGGUGAAGAAGGAUUGGCACGACUACACGGCCAUGGAGAAGGAUGCCAAGCGAGUGGGUCUCGGCGAGAAGGGCAAGGCCGCCACGCUGGACGAUGAAUCGCAGCGGGAUUUGGAGAAACGCAUGUCCCUGGAAAACGGAUUUAAUGCCCUGCUCUCGGAUUCCAUAUCGGUCAACCGCUCGCUGCCCGACAUCCGUCAUCCUCUCUGCCGCAAGAAAGAGUACGUGACCAAGCUGCCCACUGUCAGUGUGAUCAUAAUUUUCUACAACGAAUACCUGAGCGUGCUGAUGCGCUCGGUUCACAGCCUGAUCAACCGCUCGCCGCCGGAGCUGCUGAAGGAAAUAAUCCUAGUGGACGAUCACAGCGAUCGGGAGUAUUUGGGUCACGAUCUGGAGGCCUACAUUGCGGAGCAUUUCAAGUGGGUUCGCGUGGUGCGGCUGCCAAAGCGCACGGGUUUGAUUGGCGCGCGAGCAGCGGGCGCUAGGAAUGCCACUGCCGAGGUGCUCAUCUUCCUGGACUCGCACGUCGAGGCCAACUACAACUGGUUGCCACCGCUGCUGGAACCGAUUGCCCUCAACAAACGCACUGCCGUUUGUCCCUUUAUCGAUGUAAUAGAUCACAAGAACUUCAACUACCGGGCGCAGGAUGAGGGAGCCCGCGGCGCCUUCGACUGGGAGUUCUUCUACAAACGGCUGCCUUUGCUGGAGGAGGAUCUCAAGCACCCGGCCGAUCCCUUCAAGAGUCCCGUCAUGGCCGGCGGUCUGUUUGCCAUUUCCACGGAGUUCUUCUGGGAACUGGGCGGCUACGACGAGGGUCUGGACAUCUGGGGCGGCGAGCAGUACGAGCUGAGCUUCAAGAUCUGGAUGUGCGGCGGUGAGAUGUACGAUGCUCCGUGCUCUCGCAUCGGUCAUAUAUAUCGCGGGCCUCGCAACCAUCAGCCGAGUCCCAGGAAGGGCGACUAUUUGCACAAGAACUACAAGCGCGUUGCGGAGGUUUGGAUGGACGAGUACAAGAACUACCUGUACAGCCACGGCGAUGGACUGUACGAGAGUGUGGAUCCUGGAGAUCUGACCGCCCAGAAGGCCAUUCGCACAAAGCUGAAGUGCAAGUCCUUCAAGUGGUUCAUGGAGGAGGUGGCCUUUGAUCUGAUGAAGACCUAUCCGCCCAUAGAUCCGCCCUCGUAUGCCAUGGGCGCCAUACAGAGUGUGGGAAAUACGAACCUUUGCCUGGACACGAUGGGCCGGAAGAAGCACAACAAGAUGGGGAUGUAUCAGUGUGCCAACGAUAUAAAGAUACCGCAGCGGACGCAGUUCUGGGAGCUGAGCUGGAAACGAGACUUGCGGCUGAGGCGAAAGAAGGAGUGCCUGGACGUACAGAUCUGGGAUGCCAAUGCGCCCGUCUGGCUGUGGGACUGUCAUAUGCAGGGUGGCAAUCAGUACUGGUACUACGACUACCGCCAGAAGCUGCUGAAGCACGGAACGGAGGGCAGAAGGUGCCUGGAGUUGCUGCCCUUCUCACAGGAGGUGGUGGCCAACAAAUGCGAUCCGGAGAAUCGAUUCCAGCACUGGAACUUUGGCUCCUACAAUCAAACGGCGCUGGACAACUACUCGCAGGACCUCGUCCUCAGCCUUUAACCUUUAACGAUAGUAACACUUGCCAUGUACUUAAAGAACUUCGAUGUAAAUAACUAGGCUAGUUAGGUUGUACGGCUGUUUACGGCCCAUUUACAAUUUACCCCGACUCAAGCGCACAUUUCCAUUAAGCAAUAGCCGUGUGUAUCUUUAUGAAUAGUCCAUCUCAAAGUAAUUCCAAUUGUUUUGGAAUUUUGUUUGGUUUUAAACAAAAUUCGAAAUAUAUUAUUAUUAUUAUUAAAAAUCAUA